UCGAUCCGAGAGAAAGGAUCGUUGGUGAGAUGCUCGGGAGAAUUUCUCUUCCACGGUGAUUCGCGUGAUUCCGUCGCCGAGCGUCGGAUGCUCUUACUGUCCGUGAAAGAAGAAGUGUACCAACGAAGAAGUCGUUCCAAGAGUUGUUUCGUCGGAUGGAUUUUUGAAAAGAAAAAAAAUUCGUCUCUCCGAUGCGUCACCUGUUCGUCCCGUCUAUCGAAAUAAUCUAUGUUUCGUCGAUAGUCUCUCGUCGUCCCGAUCGGAUUUAAGAAAAGUUAGACCAAUGAGAGGGCAAGCAAGGUGCGCUCGUGGUGAGAGAAACACGGGGUGGAUCCAUGGAACGCGUACCUCGGUGGACACCGUUGGAAGCAGCCGAACACCGGAGAAAUUUAAUCUGUUCUAACGGCCAAUCGUCGUUCGCCGAGGAUUUCACCAAAGAAUUUCGCUAUUCGUGAAGUCAACGUUCUCAACGUUCUCUCCCUUCAUCCGUUAGAUUCACUCUCCUCGCUCGAAAACAUCGAAUCGGAGGAGUGUACCAACUUGUGCGGAUAAACUGUGUACCGUUGGAACGAUCGGCGAAUUCUUGUUGGGAAUGUUUCUCGGGUGGAUAAACGGGGACGAGUGAUACGCGAGUCCCAUAAUUUGGUCGUUCGAGGAAAGAGGGAAAGAAGGGAAAAUAAAAUAAAGGGGGAAAGAGUGAAAGGAAAGCAAGAACUUAAUAGUUAACGAGGAGGAUAGUGAAAGUGUGGAUGUGGUGUCCGUGCAACGGUGGUGGAAGGUGGUCGUGGACGGCAGCGACAAAGGCAGUGCAGGUGUCGUCAACGUAUUUGUUGUUAUUCUUGUUGUUCUCGUCGUUUGUUUGUUGAUUGUUGUAUUCCCGGUGAGCAGUGGUGACGCGGUGCGCGCUGCUCGUCCGUCCACGUUGUUACGAUGGUUUCCACGUCCUUUGUAACUUUGGUGUUCUUCGUCUGCCUGCAAACGAUAUUACUCUCGACCGUGAGCAAUUGCGCAAAGACGAUCAGCAUGUACUGGAACACCACCAAUUCCAUAUUUCGAAUAGACAACACGGACCAUAUAAUAGACGUGAACAAGAACAACGCGGCGUUCGAGUACGAUCAAGUGAACAUAAUAUGUCCUGUGUACCAGCCAGGAACGUAUGACGAGGACGCGGAGAAGUAUAUUAUUUACAAUGUAUCCAAAGAGGAGUACGAAACAUGUCGGAUAACAAAUCCGAAUCCGCGAGUGAUAGCGGUCUGUAACAACCCGUAUAAGACUAUGUACUUCACGAUCACCUUCAGGCCGUUCACACCGCAACCCGAAGGCCUGGAGUUCCUGCCAGGCCACGAUUACUAUUUCAUCAGCACUUCGUCCAAGGACGAUCUCCACAAACGCAUCGGUGGACGAUGCACCAGUAACAACAUGAAGGUGGUCUUCAAAGUGUGCUGCCGCAACGAAGCUGACACCUCGUCGUCAUCAGCGACAUCGCGCAACAAUUCCGUGGCCGUAACCAGCAGCACCGUACCAAGCAGCAGCUCGACCAGCACCGCUGUUUUGGGUGGAGGAGCCGCUGGAAUACCACCCCCGCCACCACCGAGCGUCCUCAAGGGCGGAGAUCGAUUCUACCCAGGGGGCAGCAUUCAUCAUCAUCACGAUCAUCAUCAACCGGCCACGGCGGCGCCGACCCUGCCCCACGUGCCCCCUCCGGCCAUCUACCCCGUGCAUCCGCAUCAGCCUCCGAUUCACAAUGGACCUCCGUCCUCCUCGCCGCCCAAGACCUCGAUCGGCCAGAAGAAGAAGAACAAGGAAUAUUCAGACCACCCUAACGAAGUAGUAAAGAACGAAGAAUUGACUUAUAAUGGAUCGAGUUCCAGCCGUGUUCAAGAUUGGUACAGCCAAUUGUUGGUAGUGCUGAUGGGAAGCUUGUUGAUCAGCGCGAUUCUGCCGCAAUUAUUGCGGUGAAGUGACAACAUUACUGACGAGAACGUAUAUCUCAUACGUCGAAACCCCUUUUUCUGUGAUUAUCCUACGUUUAAUUAAUUUCUUGAGGCACGCGUGUGCACGUGCACUCGCGCGGCCGUCCCUCGAUCGUGAAAAAUAAAACGUGCACGAUUUAUGGUCGGACUGCCUCGAGAGAAAAAGAGAACGAGAAAAUUUAAUCGGGAUGGAAGAAAGACAAAAACGAAUAACUUUAAAAAAAAAAACGAAAAUUUAAUGAAAAUAAAAGAGAAUACGAAUUUAAGAAGAACGAAGAGUUGGUAAAAAACAAAUAAACGUUAAAUGUCAAGAGAAGAGACACGCACGACACACGAGCAGCAACGCCAUAUUGAAACUAUUCGAAACGAAGAAAGAAGAUGUAGCUAAGAUUGCAAAGACGAAGAAAGACGAAAUGAGAAGAAACGCUACUACUAGACAUUAUUAUAGUAUGCCCACUAUUAUCACUACUAUAAAUGGUAGUCGUAUUGGUUGUCCUUCUUAUCAUUACGCUAAUUCUAGGUAUUUAUUGGAAAUACGAAGAAAAAGAACAAAGUGAACAGCGUGCUAACUAUCCUCAAGCGAGAUACAAUAUAUCUAUAGUAAUAAAUGAUAAAUAUAUAUACGUCAGAAAAGCGCGAAAAUUCUUUCCUUUAAAGACCAUAACCUCGCGCAUGAAAAUUUCAGUUAAAUCGAAUUACUGAUGAUAAUAUUGAUUGACGAACGAUUCUUUGUCACUCAUUCCUUUAUCGCUUAUGGAAAUAAUAUUGUAACUGACAAAUCGAUUAAUCACUUUAAUUUAAAAUUUACAUAAGAAGCUAAUUAUUAAUUAAUACAAAUUAAAUUAACUUGCUAUUUUAGUAUAUAUAUAGUACUUACCAUUUAUUUUUUCUAUAAUAUUCCCACUCACAUGUCACGAAUGUAAAUUUUUUUACUUCACUGUGAAGAUCAUGUCGAGCACUGAUCGUAUUCGUUGCGAUAAUCGAAUCAAACGAUAAGUUACGAUUGAUCGCGACGUCAGCGCCAAUAAUCGAAUCGAAAUCUAUCGAAGAAUAUUGUAAUGGCGGAGAAUCGUUCAUACUCUGCCAAGAGUCGCGACCAGGAUAAUUAGCACGCGUGUAAAUAAAUUCCUAAUUAAAUAUGUACAAGUGACUCUUGCCUCAUCUUAGAGGUAGAGGAAUUUAAGAGAGUGCCGUAUAAUAGGUAAAAUCUUAUAUAUGACACGUGAAGAGUGCGUGAGUGAAAAUGGCGAAGUGUGAUAGAGUAUAACGUGUGUGUGUGUGUGUUAUGAGACACGUGUGACAUUCGAAAAUACAAGGAUCGCUCAUUGCAUAGUCGAGUGUUACAAAAUUAUGUAAGGUGCGACAAAUCUGUAAGUUCCGACCGCGGUUCUUGCAACCGUGACACUUUCACGAAUAUGUGAAGUAUUGUCAUGAAAAAAUCCGAAAUUCCUCGCUUCAAUCGAAUUCGUCGAAAGAAGAACGAGCGAACGAACGAAAGUAUGGUAAUGUAUGAAAGAGAGACUGAUCACGAAGCGAGAAAUAAAAAAUAAAAUUUUUGUAUUAUAGUUGUAUCAUACCGAACUUUAUCUAUAGAUCUGUAUUAUAUUUAUUAUCCGCUAUCAUUACGCUACGAAUAAUCACACUCGAUAUUCUAUAUUUACUAGUAAAAGAAAUAUCAAAUUUAAUAGCGAAUAAAUUGCGUAUUCGGCGGGAUAAUGAUAAAAAAAAAAACGACAUGAUGCGAGUAAAACGAUGAAUUUUUGACUCCUAUAAUCAUCGAAUCCGCCAUUUGUUGUUUUCUUCAUUUUUCUUUUUUUUUUAUUCUCUCGUAUUAUAUCGUUCAAAAAUGUUGAACAUGCACGUUCAAAUGCGUACUUGAACAUGUGCUCGCGAAUUCAACAAAUUAACCAUGCAAUCAUCGAUUUUAUUUGUAUCAUCCUUCGUAUUGCAUCAUUGUCUCUAUAGUUCUUUUCUUUCUUUUUUAUAUUCUAUUUAUUAUACACCGCCAUGCAAACUUCAUUUCCAUACGCGUACUAACGAACGUAUGCGCAUGAAAAUCGCAUUUAUUUGUAAAACAUACGGGAUUACAUAUAUACAUGCACAGUGGUCACAUUCGUUACACGCGAUUCGCUCCGGUCUGACGCAUGCGCCGAUAACAACGCCCUCUCUUCAUCAAGCUUCGUUCACACUGAAAUCGCAAAUGAUGUCGUUAUAAACUAAUAUAAUUCUAAAGCGUUUUUUCUACAUUAUUGUAAACGUAAUCAUUUCUCUCGAUCGUAAUCACGGAUCUAUAUUUCUAUUGUUCACAAUAUUGGCAUAAUCAUUCGGCAAACGUCAAAUAUGUGUCUUGGAUUUUUAAUCACGCGAAACAUAUUACCAUAAUACAAUACACAAUGCAUUGUUGUCGUGUAAUCUAUAACUUUUGAAUUUUUUCCAUCAAUAAUAUUGGUCACACGAUCACGAUAGCACUAUUUUGUAUAAAUAUAUAAUACUUACGCGUAUAGCUCAAUUUCGGGAAUGAUAAAUUGUCGUUUCGCAACACAUGUGCAUUAAUAUUAUACAUUUUUUCGUGUUGGUAUAUCUGACGACUGAUUAAUCAUAAUUGACAAAUCGUAUUUAUUAAGCUUAUAUUGAUGAUACGAAAAUCAGGAAAUAUAAUUGUACAUAUAACCUAGUCUCAAAAAUGGAUCCGUGAGUGUCAGUGUAAACGAAGCUUAAUAGAUACGUAUAAUUGUUUCCGCGCGUAUGAAAAUGCACACAAUGGCCGAAGAGUGUUCAAGGAUGCGAAGGAUAAAAACAACAAGGAGCAAAUAAUCGUUUUGCGUUGGCCACAAGAAAAGAAUUCGAUGGAACGAUAAUUAGAGUAAUGAAUUAUUGUAAAUACGAAUAUGCGGAGAGAAUUACAUAUUGUAUAAGGCAGAGCGACAGAAUGCGAGAAACAGAAUGAAAGUGAGAGAGAGAGAGAGAGAGAGAGAAAGAAAGAAAGAAAGAAAGAAAGAAAGAAAGAAAGAAAGAGACCCCUAAUUCCGAAUCGUAGAUAAUAAAGAAGAAAUGUAUUCUGAUGGUUGCUCGAUUGACCGACUCGUUUUCAUCGUUCAUUGAUGGUUUAUCGUCCUUGAUUAUACGCGGCAAUUAAAUAAAAAUCAAUGGCCACGAUUAGCCGGGAAUGUUGAGGGAAACGGCGGAAAUCAAAUGCGUGUAUAAUGUUAUCCAUUACAGUAUUGUAAGCCUAAGUAUUACAUGCCUCCGAUCCACGUCUGUUUGUCUGUCUGUCCGUUCGUCUGUCUACAAUUUAUACUUUUUACCCAUGUGUUAACCGCAAUAGCAAUUUCGUACACAUAUAUGAGCGAUCGAUGAUGAGAAAGCAGUUCACAACGAUACCACGAUUCCAUAGAAUAUAGAAUCUCAUAAUCACAUUUCCGUUUCGUUAAUUAUAGCUACUAUACGAUAAAGUUUCUUUUUAGUUUUCUCUCUAGUCGUUUUUUUUUCAUUUGCACUCAUGUACUUACACACGUGGAAUUGUUUGUGAAUCGCUGAUCAACCCGCAAAUCGAAAUCCAAAGACAAUCACCUGCACCAUUGUAAAGAAAAGCGUUCAGAGUCUCAGCGUAGUCUCAGUCAUCUAUUAUAGCAUUACAAUAUCCAUUAGAUAUAUAUAUAUAUGGUUCGUUAACCUUUUCACACGAAGUAGUUAACACACGAUUGUACAAAAUGUUUCUCAUAUACAAGUUCGCUUUGCGGGUCUCAGAGGAUAUUACACAUACAGUACAUACAUUUGUAAAGGGAUGCAAAUAAUAGAGUACAUUUAUGUUUUUAAUCGUUAUAAUCGACGAUCCAUGUAAUAAUUAUACAUCUCAAAUCGUGGAUGUAUCGAUUGAACUGCUUUGGACGGCAAAAAUUAUCGAUCGACUCGAUAGCGAAUUAAUCAGAACCAGCGUGAAAACCCGUAAUCAAUUAAACAUAAAUGCAAUAGCAAUGCAGCAAAGUUACAUAGAUCCAAUGUGAAUGGUACUCAUUCUUACGGACGAUAGGUAAAUAUAAACAAUAAUAUAGACUCGAACUAUCGAUAGAAAAUAGACAAGAUCACUCACUGCAAUUUAUUUUUAUUUUUCUCUCCUUCAUUUAUUUUUAUCUUUUUUUUUUUUUAAUUUUUUUCGACCGAUUUGCUCUAAAAGCACUUCCAUCCACACUCCGAUCCCAUCACUACCGACCACGUGAAACGCUGUUCCUCGAAAGUUAUUUUUAUAAUCGUGAACAGGGACAAGCAUUGUACCAUAAGGUACUUAAAUCGUUAGUAGAAAGUAUAUGUAUAUAGAUAUAAUAGAAAGUUUAACGAUACCGAUAUUAAUAAAGAACACAAUAAUAAUCGUAAUAUCAUCGAAGAUUACGAUUAAUCAAAUCGCGCGUUAAGAUUAGUCUUCAUUGUUAAUCAUGUAUACACAUCAUUGUAUACACACAGGUAAAUAUAUACACACGUUGCAAAUUGCACGUUUUGAGCAGAAAUACAUGAAGAAUAAAAUGAGGAACAGGUUUCACGAUUUUCUAACCCAAAGACGUUCGAACCUCUUUUCAUUGAUGAUUUUUUUUUUUUAUGAUUUAUUUUUGCUAUUUCAUUGUGUUAUCCUCUCGUGUGCGUGUUUAGGAACAAUGCCAAGAGAUUAGAGAUCUUGGAGUAAGGAGAUCACAACACGUGAUUAUCGUUACGUUCACGAAUGGACUUGUUCCUCUCUUCUCGAGACAAAGAAUAUAAAAAAGGAGAUGAGAUAAAAUAAGCAUUAACGAGAAAGAAAGAAUUAUGAGGAAAGAAAAUAUGAAAGGAUCGAUUAAAUUAGAUAUACCGCGUCGAAUUGAUAAUAUCGCGGAUUUAUUGAGCGUAAAAAUGGAAUCGAGAUGAUUUCGUAGGUACGUCAUUGUAAAUAAAAAAAAAUGAAGAGAAAAAAACAAAAAAGAUUACGAUCAAUAAACGAUAACACGAUGAAAUUUAUAUUAAAUACAUAGCAAGUACGAGGAUAGGUUUCUAAUAACGAUUUAUUAUAAAAGUGAAUGUACGUUGAUGUCUAAGAUUUUUAACAAGAUGGAAAAAAAUAAGAAAAACACAAAGUGAUUAUUAUUAAACUAUGAUUAUUAACUCAUAACCGAGAAACACAAGUACUAAUUAAACAAGAGAGAGUUUGAAUACAGAACCACAUUUUUUAGCCAGGUCAUGAAUUUUCUCACGUUGCAUAUAUUACUUUUGUAACAGGUACAUUACAUAACACAUAUGAUCACGGUCACAGAAACCAUAUAAGAGACACCGCGUUAUCAUGAAGCGACCAUUAGAUUUCUUUUUUUUUUUCUUGAACAUGAUAUGUGAACAUAUAAAUUAAAAAACAGUUGCGAUAUCAUAUUUAUACAUAUUUAUACAAGGAAUAAAAAAAUUCCAAAGAUGAUAUAUGAUUUUUUUGAUUAAUCAAAUUGAUAUAGAUAUUAUUACAUAGUCCUGAGAAACAAACUAUCAACGAUUUAUAUAAUUUGAUCGAUUAACUUUGUUUAAUAAUCAAGUCAAGAUUUUUAGUUUUCAAUUAUGAUAUAGGAAUAUUUAAAAAAAAAAAAAAGAAGAGGAAACAAGCUAAAAAAAUAACGUGGUUCACUUGUGGUAUUCGUGAACGAGAUCGAUUAUAGAUUGCGUGUAUUCACUAAGUAUGCACGUUCAGUACAGUACAGUCGUUCAUUACAAAGCAUUACAAAUACAAUACAAAGUAGCGUAGUGUUCAUAAUGGUAGUCCACUUGUAGCGAAAUAGUGUUUAAACAGUCCAAGCAAACAACAAGCAACAAGAAAAAAAACCGGAAAAAAGACAUAAUCGUCAAAAAAAUUGCAGGUAACCAUAAAAAAUACAGUAAACGUGAAUCGAUCUUCGUAAAGUACGUGCAAGACACGCACACUCAUACAUAUACACAUGUACACAUGCACACGACACAUGUAUUAUAUACACAUAUAUUGGCACAUAUUGCGAUACAAGUUCACUCUCAAGCGCGUCGCAAAAAAAAAAAAAUGUUGCUCUAAAGAUAUGAAAAAAGAAAAGAAAAAAUAAACUAUAUAUUUAAAUACACUCGUGACACAAAUACAAAGACACGAUAUACACAUAUACGAAAGCGACGCGAUUUCGACAACCAUGUGACAGAAAACGCAGAAAGCGAAUUCACUCGCAGAAGUAAAAGAAGAAAGAUAGAAAAGAGGGUCGAGGGACGUUCUAAACGUAGACCCGUCGGCGUCGCGCGAUUUAUAUAGCUAUAUUGUAUUAUGCAUGUCGAUAUACGGUCACAUAUAACGAUGGAAAAUGAAAGUAAACCAAAUGAAACAAAAUGAAAAAAAAAAAAAAUGGAAAAAGUAACUGAAAAAAAGUUAAAAUGCCGGACAGGGAGACCGGGCGUCCCCCCAUUAAAAUAAUAAUUACACGUACAUACUCACUCACAUAACACAUACAGAGUACAUCGACGCGUACGACGUACAUUACGUCGGCGUUGAAACGUUUCAUUUUGAAAGUACCUUGCGCGAGUCGUCUCGAAUCGUUUAAGUACAAAAAGAAAUAAAAAAAUAAAAAGAAAGAGAGAAAGAAAAGAAGAAGGAGAAGAAAUGCUGUCUCGAUGGACGAGAUGCGUGCGAUCCACGUUCCACGCGAUUCAGAAACCAGGGUAUUGAGUAUUAAUUCGUGGAUUCGGUGAAGAAAUCAGGUUUCCUUUUUUGUGUUUGAGGCCAUCAGCGACGAGCAUCUUUUGCGUGGGUUGUAUAUGAAUCGGAGGGAUUCACGAUGCUGAGUGGUAAAUUUGAGGAAAUCGCGUGUCACGCCUCUUUCGUUAAAUCCCCGACAGGCAUUAAUGAGUUCCUGGAAUCAAAUUGGUUGUAAGAAUUAUAUUUAAACGAUGUUUUGCCUGUUCAAUUCAAAAGGUUGUAGACGCAACGCGAAUCCCUUCGCGUUCGUUUUCAAAAUGUUUCUAUUUUUUUGAAUGAAUGAAAACGAUAUGCGAAUAAAAAAUACAUUCGUAUAUUAUUUCAAAGAAUAUUUAUUAAAAAACGCUGAACACAAAUAAUAUAUAUACGCUUUGUUGCGCUGAUUUUUCGGCUUUAUUAAUAUUAUGUACAUUUAUCUAACAUGCAUUUUUUAUCGCUGUUUUUAAACGCUGUGAGUAUGAGAUACAAAAAAAAAAAGAUUGAAUUAUGUUCUUCUCAAAGUUCAAACCUGUUUUCAUGCAAUCUCGUGUUAUUUUUUUUUUUUUAUAUAUCUAUACGCUUUAAUAGAUUUGACAGAUUUCAAAUGUUUUAAUCAGUGGAUAACGUAUGAAAUUUCUAACGCACAGACAUAAAACCAUGAUACUUCUUGCGUCGCGUGAAACGUCGAGCAAAAUAUAAUAAAAUGAAAAACUAUCAUUUUUAAUUAUUGUCGUCGAUAACCUCGUAAAUAAUUGGUAAUUAUUGUAGCCAUAAUUUGUUCGUUGUCCUAUCUUGCAAAACGAAUGUUAAAAAAAAAUGGAGAGAGAGAAGUUAUAUAGUAUGGAGGAAUGUGAGUUCGCAGUGAAAACAGAUGUCCGGUUCGCAUUCUUGAAUUUCGCGAAUCUUUCGGUAUUAAUAUAUUAAUUACGUAUACAAAUCGCUAAUUCAUUCCACGUUCUAUUGAAGUUGAAACACAGUCUCUCGAAGACGAGCGCGCAUUCACAAGUAGUACAUCUUAAAAAAAGCACAUAAUAUCCAUGAUUAUUCAAUAAUUUAGAUAUUGAUGAUUCAAAAUUAAACAAAUUAUCUUAA